CCAUCGGAAGCGUGAAACGUGGUCACGAUUGUGGUUGGAUGGACGUCUUCCAUAGGCAAUAUGACCAAGGACCCUACCAGAAUAUAGCUCACCUCACGCAACAUUGCCAUUCGUAGGAUGUCAGUAUCCCCUUUUUGCGAUGAUGCCUGCCCAUGACACGCGCAGAGUGUUCACGGAGACAGGACAUACUUAAGGAUAUGCACACCUCGAGCCAGCGCCGUACGUGUUUGUCGCUCAACCAUGUCGCCCCAUCCACCCCAAGACGUUGUCGACACAACAGACGGACAUCCCGUCGUCUUCAGUGAGCCCGCCGUUGGCCACCCUCUCAGGCAAGGAGAGGAUGUCACGGCGUGCUCGCAGAAGACCUCUGCCAUGGUCGCCCUCACCAUGCUGUCCGUCGCAUACAUCUUCAAUAUCUUAAUCAUGGUUGAUGUCGUGUACGAAACACUGUACAUGCCAGGCUACAACACAAAGAUUCUACUACACUUGUGGGAUGGACUCCUUGUGGGUCAAUUCAUUGGACAAGUCGCAUUUGGAAUGCUCUGCGAUAGCAUAGGCCAAAUAUUCGCAUUGUAUGUUUCGAUGGCUCUAGUCGUCCUAGGUUCCGUGCUGUGUACGGCUUCCCGUGGUGUGCAAGGAAACACAUCGGGUUUGAUGUGGUUUGGCACUAUUGCUCGUGGCAUCGUGGGUGUGGGCAUCGGUGGCACGUACCCUACAGCAUCAACAACCGCUUUUGACAUUAUCAACGAGAAGACAGCUCACAGUGGGAGAGCAUUCGUGAUGAUGACCAACUUUGUGUUCAAUGCUGGAGGUAUGCUGGCUACCAUCGUAUUCGUUAUCGUGUUGGCCGCGGCACAGCCCGGACACCUCGACACCGUCUGGCCGGUUUGCAUCGGAAUAGGGAUUGUCAUCCCGCUCGCAGCAAUAUGUUACAGCACUCCACGUACUACGUCGAGACGGUUGAGGAGUCGCGCGAUGAAGUAUCUGUCUAUGUACUCUUCGGAGGCUAAGCAACACUGGGUCGCGAUGGUGCGCACGGCUUGCCUUUGGUUUGUGUACGAUUUUGUCGUAUACCCCAAACUCGUCUUUUCCGGGGGUAUACUGUUGACCCUAGUGGACGGAGACAUAUGGCGCACGGCAGGAUACAGACUGCUUCUGGUCGUGUUCGCUCUGAGUGGAAGCUUAGCGGGCGCCAUGGUCUGCGAUACUAUCGGGAGGCGCAACUUGAUCCUCGUCUCAUUCGUCGGUUAUGUGAUCUUCGCUCUCAUUAUCGGUUGCGCGUACGACCGCCUCCUCAACGUUACUCCUCUACUCGUUGUUCUCUAUGCUCUUAUGCUCUUCAUGGGAAACCUAGGCCCCGGAAAUCUACUUAGCCUCAUCGCCUCUGAAUCAUACCCUUCGAACGUGAGAGGAUCCUUCUACGGCGUCACCGCAGCCUUCGGUACCGCAGGUGCCAUAGCCGGCAUUCACGCCUUCGCGACCAUCGACGAUAACCUUCGCAAGCAAUGGGGAUUCAUCAUUGCUGCACUAUGUGGUGUCGUGGGGAUCGUUAUCGCGUAUUUCCUGCCUUCGAGUCCCGACAUAUUGCCCGCGGACCUCUCGGAGAAGGAUACUCAACGAGAUGCUGACGUGGAGUAUGUAUCGGAGCCUGAUACGACUCAUCCAACUCCGAUCCAGGACAAUACUUCGGCAAUUUCCUACGCUGACAAGGAUGCCGACUUGAACGAUGGUAACGGGAUCGCAGUGCCGGUUGUAAAGGGCGCGAAUGGCCUGGAGUCCGAGUCGAUUAUGGAUGAGCAAGACUUUCCGUCCACUACUCGGGUGCUACUAUUGGAGCGGAUGUCUGCACUGGAUGUAUCCUUGGUCACUACCGCACCGGUGAGGACAUCUUUCUCUGAUCUAGAGCGCCCUUGGUAUCUUGUAUGUGUUGCUGAGGAACGUGUGCAUGUCAGGCAUUGGAUGUACAGGAAGCACAUGAAGUCAUCGCAGAAUACGUCGCAGAAUCGCACUUGCAGAAGUUCUUCAAAGAGGACGAUGCGUUCGUCAAGACGGUCGAGGGAAAUGCGUCGAGACUCCAAGACGACGGCCGCUCGUUCCCCAUCACAAGGCAGAAUGUCGAGCGACUUAUACGCCUGAGCUUGUAUCGCCCGGUCAUAUAUUGCGAUGACAGUGGCUCGAUGACACUGGACGAGCCCAGUCGCUGGGAUCUUCUACGCGAUGCCGUGGCCCGCAUUGCCAGUAUCACGACGCGCGCGUUGCCCCAUCCAUACGGCGUCGAUCUGCGGUUCAUCAAUGCGCUUCUACAGGCACAGGACAACAUUCCCGCCGCCAAUGUGCUCAACGUACUCAACAGAAUGGAACCAAACGGCGGGACAGCACUAGGCGCCACUUUACGCAAUCACAUCCUAAAGCCAUUGGUCUACGAUAUCCUAGGUAGUCAGAUCCACAGCCGCCGCCUUCUUGAACGGCCCCUUUUGAUUUGCGUUAUCACCGACGGCUGUCCG